ACGCGGAAAGCAUGCGCUGAACUUCGGACAACGGGCGAGCGUCACGAGUCGGUCUGUUAUUUUGAACAUUCUUCUUUUUCGCGCGUCCAAAAGAAGUCUGCUCGGUCUAAUAUCACGAAAACAUCUCGCAGAGUGAUAAAGUAUUUCAGUCUUAAAGUACUUGUCUGUGAAUGAAAUAUAAAAAAAUUGGAUACUCUACGAAGACCAUCAUUGUCUAAUUUUCUCGAUUUUAAGACUAAUCGACUUUGAUAGAAUCGAAUUCUAAUCCACAAUCCACCCUAAUGGAUUUCGAUGAAUAUAGAAAAAGAGGAAAAAUAAUGAUCGAUUAUAUAGCAGAUUACUUGGAGACUAUACGGGAAAGGCGUGUCUAUCCGAACGUACACCCUGGAUACUUGCGGAACCUAACGCCCGACUGCGCUCCCGUCGAACCAGAGUCUUGGGAUCACAUUAUGGACGACGUGGAGAACAUUAUCAUGCCCGGGAUCACGCACUGGCAGUCGCCGCAGAUGCACGCAUAUUUCCCCGCGUUGAACUCGUUUCCGUCGUUACUUGGCGAUAUGCUGGCGGACGCGAUCAACUGUUUAGGAUUCACAUGGGCCAGCAGUCCUGCGUGCACGGAACUGGAAAUCUUAGUGAUGAACUGGCUGGGCAAAAUGAUCGGGCUGCCCGAGGCAUUUUUGCAUACGCACAACGAGAGUAAAGGAGGCGGAGUCAUUCAGACGACAUCUAGCGAAGCCACUUUCGUUUGCUUAUUAGCUGCUCGGACUCAAGCCAUCCGCCGCAUACAGGAGAUAAACCCAGAGCUGGAAGACGUAGACAUCAACAGCAGACUAGUUGCUUACUGUUCGGAUCAGGCCCAUUCUUCGGUUGAAAAGGCCGGUCUCAUCGGUCUCGUGAAAAUGCGUUUUAUCGAAAGCGAUGACUCUUUGUCACUGAGAGGAGCUCAGCUGAAGGAAGCUAUUGCCAUUGACAAAAAACAAAAUUUGAUACCAUUUUUUGUAUGCGCUACGUUGGGCACGACCGGUGCUUGUGCGUUCGACAAACUCGAGGAACUCGGACCAAUAUGCCACGCGGAAGACAUUUGGUUUCACGUGGACGCCGCGUACGCUGGAACGGCGUUCAUAUGUCCGGAAUUCCGGCACUGGCUCUCGGGCGUCGCGUACGCUGACUCGAUCGCGUUCAACCCGAGCAAAUGGAUGAUGGUGCACUUCGACUGCACGGCCAUGUGGGUGAAGAACAGCGAAUGUCUACAUCGGACUUUCAACGUCGACCCGUUGUACUUGCAGCACGAGAACUCAGGGCUCGCUAUCGACUACAUGCACUGGCAAAUACCGUUAAGCAAGCGAUUCAGAGCGUUGAAACUAUGGUUCGUAAUCCGAUGUUUUGGAAUAAAAGGUCUUCAAAAACACAUCCGAAACGGUGUGCAUUUGGCGAACAAAUUUGAACUUCUCGUGUUGAGCGAUAAGAGAUUUGAAAUACCUGCAGCUAGGCAUCUAGGUUUGGUCGUUUUUCGUUUGUGCGGGGAAAAUCAUUUAACCGAAAGACUGCUGAAACGUUUGAACUCCAGAGGAAGGAUUCAUUGCGUUCCUGCGUCCCUCAAAGGCAAAUACGUUAUACGUUUUACUGUUACCUCACAAUAUACAACGAUUUCGGAUAUUACAAGAGAUUGGGCUGAAAUCAAAGCAACGGCUACCGAAAUUAUAAACGACGAAAAAUCUGACAGCACCUACAACAAAACAAAAGUUUCAUUAGCUGAGACGCGGAACUGGAACAACAAUUUCGGCGCCAGCCUCCUGCUAGCUAAUUCGCCAAUGUCACCGAAAGUCGUCAACGGAAGUUUCGCCGCGCUGUUCGACAACGGGGACGAUUGGUCGCGGAAAUUACUGAGAAGCGAUAUGAAAGACAGCUCUUCCAUGAGGAGAAGAAUCCGAGGGAUAUUGAUGUCCGGAAAACAGUUCUCAUUGGACUCGCGAAUGGAUCUGGUCCAGGGAAUGGUUCCGGCAACAUCGAAGAAAGCGACAAUAGCAGAGUGCUCGACGAGCUCGUCGUCGACGGGUAACCCAGAAAACAAGGAUGAGUGUGAUGAAAAUGAGAAAAACGGGGAACCGAGAAAUCAAAAAUCGCGGAACUUUCGACACACACAACAUGAAACCAAUCUUACUCCUUUGAUCGAAGGCAAUAACUCAGAUCAAAUAGAUUAAAUAAAUUACGAUAUGGUUAAUUCUUAUUACAAUAUUUUUUUUUUUA